AUGACAAGUUUGUAUGAGUACAAACAUCCGAUUAUCAACAAACAGCUUGCUUCGGGAACGGAUGAUCAGUCUGGUAGAAAGUUUCCGUCUCUAGAAGCCUGGUAUGAUGUUGUCAACGACUAUGAAUUUCAAGCAAGGUGUCCGAUCAUCCUUAAGAAUUCGCACAGAAACAAGCAUUUUACGUUUGCUUGCCAUUUGAAGGAUUGCCCUUUCAAAGUUUUGCUCAGUUACUGCGGUAAUCAAAGUGGUAAUAUACAGGAUGACCUGGAAGGUGGUGUACAGCACGAACAUAGUCAUCAUGGAGAUUCGUUGGUGUCGAUGGAUCAGAAGGCCAAGUUGCCAGGACAGGAGCAAGAUGGUAAAAUCAAAGGAAACGAUGGAGAGGGGUCCCACCAGGUUGAUAAUGGCGAUCACAAUCAUAACGGCCAUGGGGACAACGUUGGGCCGGAUACAAGAAAGUACACAGAUGCGGACGCUGAAGAUGAUGACGUGAGUGCGGCUAUUGCUGCGGCAGUUGCAGCAGUACAAGACGUGCGCGGUAAGGAGGAGGGACAGUUCGGCGAGGAGUACAUGUCGGCGCCCGCUUUACAUGGUGCUGCCGCUGGUGGUCAGUCCACUGAAGCUGUGGUGAGGGGACCGUUCAUUGUUACCAAGAUCGAGCCUUAUCAUAACCAUCCUUUGGAGUCUAAUUUGUCGUUGAGCAAGUUUGUGUUGACAAAAGUACCAAGAAUAUUGCAACACGAUUUGAAUUUUGAUCAAAUACUGGAGAGUUUGUGCAAUGAAGAGGAUAAUACUGUAUCUAAAUUCCGUGUUUCUCAAUACGUUGAAGAGUCGGGUCUGUUAGAUAUUUUGAAGGAACGUUACGGCCUCACAGAUGCUGAUAUUGAUAAAAAAUUACUGUCACAUAUUUCAAGACGUGUUACCACGUACAAGGCACGUUUCGUGCUUAAGAAGAAGAAAAAUGGAGACUACGGUACUGUAUCUCAGAAUACUGGCAACGGCAACGCUAGCGGCGCCAGCCAUUACGGUCAACGUUCAGGAAGGGGGGCUUCAAUGAAUUCCCGUUCCACUGGCGAUCAAGGAGAACAUCACCUUCAUCAAAUGAACCACCAUCAUCAUCAGCUCCAGCAGGCUAUACAACGUGCCGUUGAUGAUCAUGAAAAUGCAGGUUCCCAUGGUCACUUGCAAUCAUUGGAGGACAGUAAUUUGAAUCCUGAAUUGAACGACGAUGCUGAAGCACAAGCUGCUGCACAGGCUGCAAUGGGUGAAGCUGCAGCAUUGAAAAGAUCUGUUCAGGAGAUGGUUGAUCAGGAAGAAACAGAUGACGAAAACGCAAGAAAACGUCAAAUGAUGAAAUUAACAGCUUCAAUGCACAGUAAUCUAGUUAAUGAUGAUGGCUCUCUAGUUUCAUUAGAUGAUACACAAGACGAUAAACUGCCACGCGAUGUAGCAGAACAGCUAAGAUUACUUUCGUCCCAUUUCAAGGAAGUCGAGGCACAUAACAUGGGUAAUCAGUCAGGUGGAGAUGGUGAGGAUGAAUCAAAACUCAUUGUCAAGGACGAGAUUCCAGAUGAAAAUAUUCAACCUGAAUUAAGGGGACAGUAA